UCGGGCGCUCCCAUCCAAAACUUCUUAACACCCCUUUCAGUUCAAGUUGUGGAGUCCAUUAACCUUGGCCUUGAAGUGUCUUUGACCUCUGGUAGUCUCCUGGGGCAGCCGCUUGAGUGUCAUUCCCCUCUGAAGUUUACUAACCACCCCUAUGGUGCUGUGUACUGAAAAAGUUCCAUUAGCGGCUGCACUGCAGAUAGUGAAGUUGUUAUUGCGUUGGGUACAGACAGUGGGUUGCCCUACAGGGAGUGUGAGAGAAAACUCUUCCAGCAUCGUGGGCUGGUGGUGCCUAGUACCCAAACAUAACAACAGAAGUCUGCCGCUUGUUAAUAGGAUUUUACCUGUUUAAGAUUCAAUAUGUAAUCAAUACAUGUUUCGCUUAAGAAGUUUGAACCCGUUGGGAGCCGUGCGAACAAACCUGAGAUGGUCACACCAAUUAAAUAUGAACUGAAUGAACUAAUCAAGUGUAUGGUGUGUGGAGAUACAUCUACAGGGUUUCAUUAUGGUAUUCACUCGUGUGAGGGCUGCAAAGGUUUCUUCAGACGAAGUCUCACACAACAUGAGUCUUACACAUGCUCCAAUAAUGGGCAGUGUGACAUCUCACUCUACACAAGAAACCAGUGCCAGCUGUGUCGAUGGAAGAAAUGCCUCGCUGUGGGCAUGUCAAAAGAAGGAUCCCGAUUAGGUCGAAGGUCAAAGCGUAUGAUUGAGAAAAUGCAUGAGACAAUCGCCAAACAGCGUAGCUUCGGCGACAGCACGGUACAUCAGACAGCCGGUUUUUACGGUAACCAUCCAGAACUAUUCAACCAAGCAAAAUACAGCAGCCAACAGGUUAGCUCUGCCCACCCCCCAAGUCACAUGCUGCCCACCAGUAUCCCCGCAAUGUAUCAUGGAAUGAACAGUUCGUUUUCGAUGGCGGCCAUGAUGGAAUCUCAGCUCGGUCAGGCGAUGGCCAACCAUGCUCAGUCCAUCUCUACCAUCAUCAAGCAAGAGCUUGAGCAUGGAGGCUCGGACCGGGAGCAUUCCCUGUCGGAAACCUCCUCCAUAUCUGGCCUUGACAUGUCGCCUCCUGGAUCGGUGGGUCGCCAGUCAUCAGUCCCCGGAACAAGCGAGGGAUCAAAUUCAGUCAACGGCGGUGGUAGUAGGGGUUAUGGAUCAGACGGUAUGGAGCAGUCCCCUACAAUCUCCAGCGUCUCGCUAUCAAAAUCACAUGACGACUCGGCAAGUACAAAUCAAAUGUACAUGCACAUGAGGGCAGGUAAAGAUGAGAGACGGAUGCACCAGAUGGUCAGCGAUGAGAUGGCGGAGAAGUUGGCAUUAAUAGGACGGGACGUCAACUGCAAGGGGGACAAUAACUUUAUAGGAGAGAGUGCCGAUCUGCCCAUGGGAGCUAUCAGUAAAAUGCUCGCCGCUGGCCAACCAGUGAUUCUCAUUCCAAAAGACAUGGCAAGCCCCGAGUCUAACAGCACAAAGGAUAUGAUCCCACCCAGCCCAACAGUCUUGGUUGUCCCGAACACGAGUAAAGAGAGUCACAUCGAUGCACGUGAUGAAUAUAAUGCCAGACAUCGAUCAAAAUCAGCCAGCCCGGGGAAUGAAAUGAGCGCAGCUGAUCUGGUGACGUCGCAGAUGUCGGCGUUCUAUUCCAGCCACAGAAGGAAUUCAGAGCAAAUGGUACGGGGUGAUGAGAAGACGCACUGUUCGUAUGCACUACACUCUGUUCAGGGCCAAGGGAACCAGUUCUUCCAGUUUCCCGGGGGGUUUCCGCCACAGCAACUACCACAGGGUAUGACCUCCCAAUCGUCACUUCUUCCCCACUCACCCCUACUUCCAAUGACUCAAGGGUGGAGCCGGCAGCACCUCCCACCCUCACCCCUACUACCUACAAGUGGACCUGUCAUGGUACCUGUUAGUUCCUCACAGCUUCCUCAGCAGGUCCCCCUCGGCCCGACAGCGUUCCUCGCGCAGCAACAUCUCAAAGCGGAGAUGCACUCCCCAAAGCAUUUAUCCCAGCAUUGUGAGGGUAGAGACUCUCUUCACCCGAGGCACUCAGUCAAGCGACAGUCGCCCGGCAAAGGGCACUCGGAUCCCAACAAGACCUCCAAAGGUUCCCACAAGUCUGAAUGUUCUACUCCGGACUUCUCGGCGCUCUCUCCGCCGCAGAGCUUCACGGCGCCGAUCCAUUCCCCGUUAUCUGGAGACCGCCAAAAGGAAAAGAAGAUCUUGAUCAAGGAGGAGCCAAGAAGUAACUCCAACGAUGAGGAAGAGCCAGAAGAUUACCAGUCGGAGGCACUCAGUGUAUUCAGACUGGAGGGAUUCAACCCUGACGAGCCGCUUACCCCUGAGCUCAGGAAGAAGCUCUCCAAGAUCAUCGAUAGCGUCAACAAGUCCUACCACGACACCUGUUUCUACACCUUCAGGAGAAUCAAGUUCCUUCGGGAACGCUACUUUCCUUUCUUGGGUCCAGAUGAUAGUAACGGGAAGAGGUUGAAGUCCAGAUUCGACCACGACUGCAGCAAGUGUAGUCCCCCGAACGGUUUCCCAACCAGCAAGGAUCCCCCGAGGGAGUUACCAGACUACAUCCAUCCGGUGGAUAGCGGCAAGAUGUGGCAAUUCUUCUCCAGCAAGUUUACGAGUCAGAUCACACGCAUCGUCAAUUUCUCGAAGAUGAUCCCGGGAUUCAAGCAUAUAGAUCGGGAGGAUCAGAUUACGCUGAUCAAGACAGGCUUGUUUGAGGUCGCAACGAUACGAUUCUCAACAGUAGCCGACACGAGGAACAACAUGGUUUACUGGUGGACCACAGGAGACAAGUUCUCGUUGGACGACGCCCAUCAGAUGCCUCUGGGCAAUCUCUUUGAUCUACUCUUCAACUUUGCUCGGAGGGUGAAUAGGAUGUUGCUUGAUGACAGCGAGUAUGCUCUAUUGUCGGCCAUUGUCAUCAUGUCACCAGAUCGACCUGGACUCAAGCAUCGAGACAAAGUGAAGCAGCUACAGUUGGAGCUUCUUCAUGCUCUUCAUUUCGAAGUGUCUACGAAUCAUCCCGGCGAACACGGACUCUUCGCUCGGCUCCUGACCACCAUCCCUAAGCUGAGAGAGAUCGGCCCCGAACACAUCAGGCGCCUGAUGGAACUCAAGAUAAAGUCGCCAGGGUUCCAGUUCCCCGCGCUGCACGCAGAAGUGUUUGACCUCAACGCCUCGUAGUACAACGAGGAAUACCACAUCUGCGUCAGGUUGUACUAUAUAGCCAUAUUAUCCCCCGAAAAGGUAUUUUUUGUAAGAUCUCCCUGAAUGAACCUCAACCCCCUUAUGGACACUUUCAACAUGGUUGUUGUUGUUGUCCUGACUAUGUUUUUAAACAACUCAUCUUGAUUAACCCGGGUUGUCAAUUAUCAAAUUAUGAAUUUAUAAUAAUACUAGAUUCUAAAUUUCUUAUAACCUCUUAGGAGUAGAAUAAUUUGUACAAACGAAGGUAGGUCACAAUCCCUUCAAAAAAUUGUCGGAUUGUCCA